CCUAUACAAAGAUCUUCCAAGAACGAGUUUGAGAACGCCUACGCUCUGGGCACGCCCUGCGGGUGUGGCACGGACACUGGCACGCCGAACUUUGCUGCUUCGCUCAGUCGCCCUGCCCAGAAGGCACGGGCUUGACAUCAGGGAGUGGACUUUGACUUCUUCCUGGUAGGGAAACACUCAAGCAUUUUAUGCUAUUCAGAGCAGUUCGCCUUCGUUUUAGACCUCACCACCGGGUCUUUUUAUACGCUGACUACACUUUAUUAUUACACAGCAUACAAACGUACACGCUGCCUUCCAUAAAUUUGUCCUGCAGUACUAACUUAUUAAAUUCGAAUUUGUCAUUUUUACAAAGGUAUUUCAAGGUUCAGCCACAUACUGAAUGACGCUUAAAUAAAAUCCCCCCAAAAAAAAACUUUUCGAUGACUGUUUUAUGCCACUGCUGUAGUACGUAAUAGGCGGUGGCUUAUCUGCGCAAACUCACAGAAGAUCUUUAGAGAGAUGGACAUGCAUCAUCGUGCACGUGAAGUGUACAAGGAACUACAGAGAAUUUGCUAAAAUUAAUUCACAAUUACUGCCUACAUUUGUGAGCCCUUUCUUCACCCAAGUUGAAUCCUCAUUUGCACCAACAGGGCAGUCUCAGGUUUCCUUUGAAUAACUCACGACCAGAUAAGUCAACCACUGUUUCAAGGGUACCAGAUAUCCAAUCACAAACCAAGGGUUGUGUAAUGAUUUGAAAUCAAAGAUGACUUCUACAAACGCAAAGACUCUGUUGCCUUUAGACAGCCGUACGUCUUCCUCAAUGAUAUGUUGCACUGAGAAUAAAGUACUCAAACAAACAGCUCAUCCUCCUUGUUCAACAUUAAAUUUGUCACAGGAUGCUGCUUUAUCAUUUAGUACUCUGUUCAGACCUUCAUCCCUUACUUCAGUGAAGAAAUCUGGUUUUCAGAAAGAAGAACUUACAUUAUCAUCUUUAUCUUGGAAUUGCAGUAGCCUGAAACCUGGAACUGGCACCAAUGAAGUAAGCACAUCAUUUGCCUCUGAAGUGUCAGAGGUUAAAAGGGAUAAACAUAAAAAAAUGAAGAUUUCACAUUCCAAGAGUUUCAAACACUUGGAACAAGAGUCUGAGGAGAUGCCUGCAUAUGAAAUUUGGGAAGAACUUGAAGAAGAUGAAGAAGAGUCAUUUCUCAAAUUCUCUGAUCAAGAAGAAUCUGGUCAAAUGGAAGCAAAACUUACAGAUAAAAAGAUUCUGUUUUUGACUACAAUAUAUGGCUCUCUGGUUAAACUCAAUAGUUACUUUGAUGAACUGGAAACACUGGUCACAGAAAUUGCAGAGAAUGAUCCAGAAUUUAUUCUCAAGGUCGCACUUUACACAAGACAAGAACUGAACAUUCCAUUGAUAGCAAAUUACCUGAUUGCGUUUGCAGCCAAACUACAUUCUACUCGUCCACAUCUGCGUAGAUACUUCAGUGCUGCAGUGCAACUUCCAUCAGACUGGGUAGAAGUUGAAAGGUUAUAUUGCAAAUCUUUUGAAUCAAAUAUACCUUCUUGUCUGAAGAAAGCAUUGACUGAAAAAUUCAAAGAAUUCAAUGAAUCACAGUUAGCCAAGUACUGUCAACGAUAUAAACGUAAGAAGUCCCAUGAAAACAGCGAAGAUGAGAAUACAUUACCUGAGUAUGUAAAAGUCAUAAACUGGGGUAAAAGUUUAGGAAUCAAAAGAAAUACUUUGUAUAACUUUAUGUGCUCCCAUACUAAAGGGCCUGAAGAGAAAGAAAACCAUCUUGUAAAUCUGAAGAAACUGAUUCAAAAGCUACACAUCAAAGAACCAGUGGAGCUGGUCAUGUCUGUGCUUGGACGCAAGUAUCCAAAGGAUGUGCAGUCUUUUGUAAAAAGUGGACUGCCUGGUUUUUGGGAUUCCAAUCUUGCUGGGAAAAGAAUGAAACUAAAACGUCCUGAUACCUUAGAACAAAGACUUGGUCAGUUCGGAAGCAAGGCAGAAGUUUGGGAAGACCUUAUCGAUAACAAUAAACUGAGUUUCACAGAAAUAUUAGGUAAUCUGAAUCACAUCAUUAGAAAAGGAGUCAGUGAAAUCCAUCACAAAAGGAUCAUUAACAGCUUUACAGACCAGAAAACUGUGAUUGAUAGCAGACUGUUUCCUUUACGUUUCUUUUCUGCCUACAAAGUUAUUGUGGAUUUGGAAAAGCAACAAAAGAAAGCUGAAAAGCCAUUACCAAGUCGCUCAGAGACUUUAACAAAGAUAUUGUGCGAAAUACGAAAAUCCUUCCGAUCUAAGGUAAACAAAUCAAAAUGGACAAAAAAGCUGCAACGAUCAUUAUAUGUACCUGUAAUAUACAGAGAGUUGAAGUCAAAAGAAAGACAACAGCAAAGGACAAGGAAUUCUCAACUGAACAUGGGUCUUCUCCAGGAAUAUAAAAUUGCUUUAGAGAAAGCCAUACACAUUUCUUGCCAAUACAAUUUACCACUCCUUAGUGGCCAAUGCUUUAUUUUUAUCAACCAUUAUUGUCAUAUGAAGUCGUCUUGCAAGCAGGCCAACAAUCUCUGCUUUCCUUCAUAUUCUUGCAAAGGACGUGUGAAAGUCAAGCAUGUUGCCAUGUUGUUAGCACUAAUGCUGGCGAGUGCUAGUGAGAAUGUAAAACUCUUUAUUAUUGAUGAUAACAAUUGUCAAGAAUUAAAGCUGCAUGAGGGAAUUGUACUGGGAAAUAUGGAAUACGUACUGCAACAGUGGGAGUCUUUUCCAGAGUCACAAGAAAAAGUGAGAACUUCAGAUUUAUUCUUUGAUCUAAUAGCUCAAGGUGUAAAGGUGGAGACCAUGAUAAUGAUGUUUGGUAGUUAUCCCCACAUUUACUGGGAGUACCCUUUUUAUCAGUACCGAAGACGAAUGAACCCUAGCACACUUCUGAUACAUUUAAAUCUUGAUGAUCCAGAGAUUGCAACAGUUACAGAUAAAGCAUGUAUCUCACUCUAUGGAUUUAAUGACCAAAUUCUGAAGUUCAUUGAUGAAAGGGCUUCUCCUCGAAUGCUGGAACGUGUUGAUAAAAUCAGUGAAGCUGACAAUAUACCACCUUUACAAGGAUCCACAAAUAGACUGCCAGGAGUGAUAGAGGAGUGCUUCAUACCAUCAGUGCCAAAAAUUAGCUGGAGAAGUAUACGUGUUUUCAUCUCCUCCACGUUUCGGGACAUGCAUGGAGAAAGAGACUUACUUGUCCAGUAUGUCUUCCCUGAGUUGAGACAGAGAGCUGCCCAUCACUAUAUCCAUGUACAGGAAGUGGACCUACACUGGGGAAUAACAGAAGAGGAUGCCCAUAACAGCAGAACUUUGGAACUUUGCCUGUCGGAAGUAGCAAGGAGUCAUCUUUUUGUUGGAAUUCUUGGGGAACAAUAUGGAUUAGUUCCUAAUGACAUAUCUCUGCCAGAUUUACCACAUUUCCAGUGGAUGAAGACUGUACCACCUGGUCUUUCUUUGACAGAGUUGGAAGUUAUGCAGUUUCAAGAAAAGCAUGGCGGUGCUGCCAGUCAGAAGAUGUUUUUUUAUCUACGUACCCCAGAGCUUAUCAGAUCAGUUCCAGAGCAGUGGAAAGCUGACUUUGAUGCAGAAUUCACAGAAGCCAGAAGAAAAAUGGAAGAACUGAAAUCCCAGCUGAAGCAAAGUGGUGCUGUGAUAACUGAAAAUUAUGAAGCUAAAUGGGGUGGAGUAUCCAAUGGCAAACCCUACACCAAAGGACUGGAACAACUUGGAAAUGCAGUUUUGUGCAACUUGUGGGAAUCUUUGAAGCAGUUCUUUUAUAUGGAUGAUGAAAAUGUAAAUUCAGCUUCAAAACUGACUGACCAAGAUAUCUUUAAGGAAUCACUAAAACAUCUUAUAUAUGGAAGAAAGAAUCUUUUUGAUACAGUAGUCACUAACAUUCGAGAGAAGGCAAGAGGAAAAUGCUUUGUUGUAUCUGGCAGUUCUGGUGAAGGAAAAACAACUUUAAUGGCUGCUAUGGUGAAUGAAUUCAGUACAUCAUCAAACAAAUUGGAAGUUUUUGAUGUUAUCUCUUAUUUUGUGGGUGCAAGUAAGUCAGCAAAUGGAAUCGAACAUUUUCUCCACUUUCUUAUAAGAUCUCUCAAGCAUAGACUUGGCCAAGAUGUUUCUCCUCCUGCAAGUUAUAGAGCCAUGCUUAAGGAAUUAAAAUUGUUGCUCCAGUCAUCAUGGAAAUCCAAGUCCAGUCCCUUUUUGGUUAUUUUUAUUGAUGAUGCAGAUCUGUUACAAAACAAAGAGGGGAAACAAGUUUUAGAUUGGAUACCUGACUAUCUCCCUUCGAAAGCGACUCUUGUGCUAAGUGUAACCUCUGACUCUGAUCUGCAUCAGUCUCUGAGUAAGAAUAAAAACACAGUCCUCUUCCAACUGCCAUCACUUUCAACACUGGAAAAAAUGGAGAUUAUCCAGAGUGUCCAAUCAUUUUAUGGAAGAAAGACAAAUGAAACAUUUUUUAACAACAAGGUGCAAGUUUUCCUUGAAAAAAAGGAUUCUCAUAGUCCACUGUAUUUGAAAUUAGCAUGUGGAUAUCUAAGAACCUACUCAGAUUGUGAACAGAUGGAAGAUGAACUUCAGAGAAUACCUUCAACACUAAAUGAUCUAAUUCUACAAGUAUUAUCUGAUGUCGAAGAGUACAGUAAAGUUAAACAUGUUUCCUUGGUCAUUGCUGCAUUAGCUGUCAGUAAAUUUGGUUUGCGAGAAAGGGACAUUUAUGAAUUGUUAUCUAUGUGCAACACAUUACACAAAGAGAGUCAGGCACUCUAUUGGAAGGAUGUAACAAGUUCUGUAAGGAAUUUUAAGAGUGUUUUUCCAAUGGCAUUGUUUUCACAUUUGAUGAGUGCUUUACAAAGUGUGUUUGGCCAACAAUGUAGUGAAAACCCUGAUUCUCUGCUAUAUCUGAAGAAUGGCAUUGUUCAAGAAGUAAUAGAGAAGCAUUAUUUAAAGAAGCUUUCCCUAGAAAAAACAGCGCAUCGUCUUUUGGCAGGUCAUCUAUGGAAACUUUCAGAUCCUGAUGGAAAUGGAACAUUUAAAUAUUGUGAUACUUUAGCUUUAGCUCAACUUCCAUUUCAUCUUGUUUACAGUGGAGAGUUGUAUCAUUUGCAAAGCCUGCUUAGUAAUGUUCAUUUUGUCUGUGCACAUGUGCAAUUAGGUAUGCUUCCAGAACUUUUACAGGCUUACUGCCUUUAUGAUUCAGUCAUUCUACAUGAAAAUCCAAGUUUAACUUCUCAAAGUUCACUGGAGCCCUUUAAAGAUUUUCUUCAUCGAAAUCACUCCAUUCUUUCUCAGGAACCUUGUCUUUUCUGGCAACAAGCUAUCAAUGAGCCCAGCUAUUCUGCUGUCAGUCACAGUGCUCAAAAUGUUUUAGACAAUACCAGUCCUGGUUUCCAUGUGAUGAAAUGGCUCAACAAACCUCAGAAACCAAGGAACAUCAUUAGUAAAACAGUGCACUUUUCUUCUGUUCCUGCUUGUGUGGCUGUGAGUCCAUCUGGUAAAAUUGCAGCUGUUGGUACAAAUCAAGGAUUCCUCCAUUUGAUUACAACAGGUACAGGCCAGGAAAUUAGGAGAAUUGCCAGUAUUUGUGAUGGUAUUUCCACUUGUGUCUUUCUGGAUGAAGAAACAAUAUUUUUCACAUCGUUCAGUGGGCAAAUUGAACAAUGGAACACUGUCAGUGGAUGCAGGCUGAUGCAUAUACAAGCACAUCGGAAACAGAUCACAGGGAGUGAUAUCAGUCCAGACAAAAAGUAUGCUUUAACAGUUUCUUUAGACAUGGAUUUAAAGGUAUGGAAUACAAAUAAAGGAAAUCUUGUUGAAUCACUGUCAAAUUCUUCUCCUCUAAACUGUGUGAGGUUCCAUCCAGAUGGUCAGCUAAUAGCUUUUGGAAGAUGGGAUCGAUCAAUAGUUAUUUGGGAUUGGCUAUCAAAACAGAUAUUUAGUACUUUGGUUGGCCAUAUCACAGCAGUGCGCACACUGGCAUUUAUGCCCACUGGCGACUUGUUGGUGUCAGGAGAUCUGAAUGGAGACAUUAGGUUGUGGUCAGUGUCGACUGCUUUUUGUAUUAGCAGUUUUUGUGCACUCAAUGGAUCGGCUGAACUUGUUCAGAUUUUGGAUUGUGGUCAAUUAAUGCUGACUGCUGGGGCUGAUAGAAUGGUACGUGUAUGGUCUGGACAUCCUGGACAGAAUAUUGGACAGCUGGCAUCUUCUGAUUCUCCAGCUCUCUUUGUGGACAUAAGUAGUGAAUAUAUUGCUGUUGGUCUCCACAGUAAUGGAAUUAGAAUCCAUCACAUCUACUCAGGCAAUGUCAUAUGGGAAUGCAAAGAUCCAAAAAUUUCAGUCUCUUGUGUGAUUUGGUUAGAGCAGGAAAGACUUCUCCUUUCUGGAAGCAGUGAUUGCAUAUUACGUUUAUGGACUCUUGAGACAAGACCUAAUAUGGAGUGCAAAUGUUUCCUGAAUGACCAUCAUGGGCCUAUCCUUGCUUUAGCAAAAUCUGAAUAUUUUGUAGCAUCUGCUUCAGACGACUCUUCUGUGAUUCUGUGGUCAAUGCAAGAUCUAAAAAGUACUUCUUGUAGUAAAAAACCAGUUGCCGUAUUAAAUGGACAUUCUGCAGGGGUUACCUGCCUGUCAUUCAGUCCAAGUGGAAGUGAGCUUGUAACUGGAAGUAAAGACAUGAGCCUUAUUUUUUGGGAUAUCAAGAGUUCACCUAAAAUUCUGAGAUCUUUUAAGGACUGUCAUACAAACUGGAUCACAGGAUGUGUUUGGGGUCAACAAGCUGUGGUCACUUCUUCUAAUGACUGCAGAGUUUGUGUUUGGGAUGCUCUAUCUGGAAAAUGUUUGAAUGAGUAUUUAGGACAUAGUGCAGCGGUGAGCUCUGUCAGUUUAAUGAAUGAAUAUGUCAUUUCAUCAGGAGAUGAUGGAAUAAUUCGAGUUUGGAAAUUAACUGGAGAUGACAUCACUCAAAUUUCAGCACAUGCAGCCAAAAUAAAUCAUUGUGCAUUCUCCACGUCCAGAUGGAAAAAGCCAUCAGAACAAGCACAUCAGUAUGAAAAUCGAGAACUGACAUCCGAAGAUAUGUGGUUAGCUACAGCUAGUGCUGAUGGAACAGUGAAAUUCUGGCAACCUCUAGUGCACAUGAACAUAUUAAAUGGUCACAGUGGUACAGUCCUUGCUGCAGCCCAAGAAAAAGAAAGCUUUGUCACAGUUUCAGAUGACCAGACCCUUAGAAUAUGGCAACUACCAAAAGAGCAAAUUCCACCUGCUGUGCACAAGGGAGGUGUCAAAAUAUGUUCCUUCUCUCCAUCGGGAGAAAUAAUGUUGUCAGGAAACAGCACUGGGGAACUAUUUGUGUGGUACCACAACUCUUUAAUACAGAGGUUGCAGGUGAGCAAGUUCCCAGUGAAUGCUGUUAUAUUUCAGUCUGAGUCAAAGUUUACUGUAGCAUGUUCUGACUAUACUGUUUCUGUAUGGAACAUUAACCACUGUCCUCCAGAUAACUCCAUAUCGGUAAACCUAGUAACAUCUACAAGAGUCAGCUCAUCAGUGAUUUGUCUUGCCCAAGGCCCAAAACUACUUGGUGGCUGUGCUGACGGAAGUAUUGUAUCCCUUCCUGACCAAGAGAAAUUCCCUACUGACUGGACUGAUGCUCCUUAUAUUAUUGGGUUCCUACAAAAAACUGAGAAGAAGAUCUUGAUUGCUGUACAAUAUAACAAAGACCUCGUUCUUAAAUUCAUAUCUUUUAACCCCUUGAAGCUCUGCAAUAUUAACAAAAGCAAGGAGAUGAUUUCCACAGAAGGACAAUGUUGGAUUACAUGUGUCGCAUCAUUUAAAGACUUUUUUAUUUGUGGAGAUUCUGAAGGAUACAUGUGGUACAAAGAGUUUUCUAAAGACUGUGAAUGGAGCAAGAUGAAGGUACACAAAGAUAAAGUCAGUGCAUUGAAAAUGACUGAAAGUGUGAUUAUUACAGCAUCCUAUGACCAUACUGUAAAACUGUGGGAUUGUGAGACAAUGAAACAGGUGGGUUUGUUUCUAUGUAAGGCACCAGUUUCUUGUAUGGAAUUAAACCCCACUCAAGACAGAUUGUUGGCAUGUGGAGAUAUUCUGGGAAAUAUUUACUUUAUUGAGUGGACAAAAUGAAGAACAGUAAAGUAAGGUGUAAAUUUAAACGUUUUUACACUUUUACCAUAAAUAUACUGUAAAGACGUUUGUGUAUUGUUAAUGGUGCUAUGUGGGUUAUUCUUAAAAUGUAUUCUUUUUUAAGCAAUAAGAAAUGGGCUGAUUAGGAAUUUAACUGAAAUGGAUGUGUUGAUUCAAUAACCUGUAUUAUCCUUAAAUCAACUAUUUAAAAUCUUUUGGAUAAUUGCUUAGAAUAUAUUUUGCUAUUAUUGGAAUAUUUACUCAAUGUUAUUUAGUUGCAAUACUGAAAUGAAUAUAUUGUAAUUAUACAUUAUACUUAUGUAGUAACUGAAAAAAUGCAGUGAAUCAUUUGAUCUGUAAUUGCAUAUUGCUCAUUCAGCUAUUUUCCAGGGAACAAAUUGAUUAAUAAAAUAAACAGCAAAAAAAA